CCUGUGUGGUUCGACAACAGUGAAGGAGAAGAAGAGAAAUGGCGAUGAUGCAGUGGUGCGGCGCAGCGGCGAGGAGGAUGAUGACGACAAUGACGGAGAGAUCAACAGUGCCGUCUUCAUCAUCAACAGCAAUGGGGGUGCCGAUUCUGUGCGGAAGAGGGGACAAGAAGACGAAGAAGGGGAAGAGGUUCAAGGGGUCGUACGGGAACGCGAGGCCCAAGAAAGAGAAGAAGAUUGAGCGCAUCAAGGACAAGGUUGAGGUCCCCAGAUCCACUCCUUGGCCUCUCCCUUUUAAGCUCAUCUGAUUUUUUUUUAUUCUUCCUCUUCUUUUUUCCCUCUACUUCGUCGUUCAGCUAGGGUUUCUCCAUUUCUGUCAUGUACAUUUCUCAUUGAUCUUGAAGCAUCAUUUCUCUGUUAUACAUUCAAUUUGAGUGCUUUACGGAUUGAAUGCAUUGGAUAUGUGAUGGAUUCUGUAAAGUAGAGUUUUUUAUCUAUAAAAUGGAGACUGGAGAUAGCAAGACUUCUUCUAA